GGAACACGAGGGGAGGGGGGUAUCCCGGAAGUGCGGCGGCCACAGGGAUCUGGAGUGUCAGGAACUGUUGGAGACGCUGCCCGGUUUGGCUGUCAAGCAGGCGGCGUGGGCAUCCUCAGCGUUCGCUUUCCGGCCCGAACCGGAGCUCACGCCUGGACCGGACCGCCGGAGUCAUGGAGGCGCCGAUAGAACAGGCGCUGGUGGACCCCAUGCUUGCUGAAAUGGGCGAGAACCUGAACAAGGCCAUACAGAUUCUGGAGGAUGGCCAGAGGGAGGUGGCAGACGACAGAGAGAAGAGGAAGUACAGCCGGAAGGACAUCCCGGGGCCCCUGCAAGGAGGUGGCCAGGAUGUGGCGAGCAUUCUGCAGCUGGUCCAGAACCUCAUGCAUGGGGAUGAUGAGGAUGGCAGAUGGGAGCACCGCAGGAUGCAGAAUGUGGGUGAGCAGGGUCACAUGGCCCUGUUGGGCCACAGCCUGGCUGCCUACAUCUCCGUGCUGGACAGGGAGCGGUUGCGCAAGCUGACCACCCGCAUCCUGUCGGACACCACGCUCUGGCUAUGCCGGCUCUUCAGAUAUGAGAACGGAUCAGCGUAUUACCAUGAGGACGACCGUGAGGGUCUCCUCAAGGUCUGCCGGCUCGUCAUCCACUCGCGCUAUGACGACUUCGCCACUGAGGGCUUCACCGUGCUCGGCUCCCGACAGCCUGUCGUAUACCAGAGCGCCGCCUGCAGGACAGGGCUGGGACAGUACCUCUGCAGCCAGCUGGGUUUACCACUCUCCUGCCUGUGCACUGUGCCCUGUAACACCAUGUUUGGAUCUCAGCACCAAAUGGAUGUUGCCUUGCUGGACAGGCUGAUCAAGGAUGACAUGGACUCCGGAAGACUCCCCUUAGUGCUGAUAGCCAACGCCGGAUCACCUGGCGCAGGGCACACAGACAAGCUGAGCCGCCUGAAGGAGCUGUGCGUUCAGUACGACAUCUGGCUUCACGUGGAGGGAGUCAACCUGGCGACCCUCGCACUCGGUUGCGUCACGUCUUCAGUGAUGGCAGCCACUAAAGCUGACAGCAUGACCCUGACCCUGGGGCCAUGGUUAGGCCUCCCCGCGGUUCCGGCCGUCACACUGUACAGGCACGAAGAUCCUGCCCUGUCUCUAGCAGCGGGCCUGACCUCCAGCCAGCCGGUGGAAAAGCUCCGAGCCCUCCCCCUCUGGCUGUCCCUGCAGUACCUGGGGCAUGAUGGGAUCGUGGAGAGGAUCAGACAUGCCUCACAGCUGAGCCAGCAGCUCCUGGACCAUCUGAAGAAGCAGGCUUCCAUCAAGACAUCGGUGGAGGAUGAGCUGAAUUCGCCGGUGGUGGUGUUCAGGUUCUCCCAGGACAGCAGCACAGCAUCCAGUGUGGGUUCUGUGGAGGGCUGCCUUGGCUGGGAAAGGGAGGUGCAGGACUCCCUCAACAGAUGGCUGGGUGAGCGGUUGGUGCAGCUGGUGCCUGCCAGCGGCGUGGACGUCGUGGACCUGGAGGACGAGGGCACCUGUGUGAGAUUUAACCCACUGAUGACUGCUGCAGUGUUGGGCACGCAGGAGGCCGACGUGGAGACCCUGGUGGCCAGGUUGACAGAAAUAGUGCCCCUGCUGUGCGCAACACUGCGCCUCCGGCAGGAGUUCAGGGAGGAGGUGUACCGGCAUGCCACGCUUGCCUACGUGGAAGACCUGGGCUGGCCGGGCCUGGGGGCCAUCAGGUACUUGCCCAAGAGCGAGGAGCCAGACGCGGGCAGGAGGCAGCAGGAGGUGGAGAAGGUCAACAGUGACCUGCUGAGGAAACUCAAGGAGCUGGAUGCGGACCUCAGUUUCUCCACAGGCCCGGAGUUCGGCCCGGAAAAGAACUGCGUGUUUGUUGGCAUGGCAACGGAAGACCUGGACGUGGCAGAACUGGUAAAGACAAUCGCAUCACUGGGGAAGGACAUCGAGGAGAGCGGCAAGUUACUGGAGAACAUGACGGAAGUGGUGCGCAGGGGCAUUCAGGAGGCGGAGCUACAGCUGCAGAAGGCCAGUGAGCAGAAGCUGAUGGAGGAGGGGGUGCUGCGGCAGAUCCCGCUGGUGGGCUCCAUGCUGAACUGGUUGUCCCCGACCCAGAGUUCUGUAAAAGGCAGGACGUUCAACCUGGCUUUAGGUUCCUUGGACACCACAGAACCCACGUACUCCACCAGGACCCAGACGGGAGGAGAAACACCCCCUGCCACCCCCACAUCCACCGUCUCCAAGCAGUUGCCAGGGCAUAAGCUGUUUCGCCGGGGGCACGGCAGCUUUGACGCCCCCAACAGCACCAGCUUCCUGAGUCCCAGUGAGACAUCCCAGAGCUGGGGGCCCCAGGACGGCUCUGCUGGGUUCCCCCUGCAGGCGGAACCUAUCCUCACAGAGGCCGACACCCAGGCUCCAGAGGCAGGACACUAUGUCAGAUAGGAUGACCGGCUGUGGAGCAUGGUGUAGGACCGUCACCCAGGAAGCUGCUGAGAGACCCUGGGGGUGGGGUGGUGGUGGUGGGGGGGGGGUGCUCUCUGGAGCUCAAGCAGCCGGUUAACAAGUUUGGGGAAAGCAAGACGGCUAACAUGUGGGCGCAUAGCAACAAGGACGGAAUUAACGUCUGUGCGUUUUCCUUUAUCCCUCCUAACCUUGACUUAAUCACUUUGUAAUCAAGAUUGUAUACAGAAGUAAAAUGUGAUUGAAUGAGUAGUGGAAAAGCAGAUCAUUUUGUGACAGGUGCUAGAGAUGGGUAUCCUGGAGAGGGGUAUAGUUUUUAUGUCAUUUACAAGCUGUUAUCAACACUGUUUCACCUGUCCUGUUACACCUGCUUCAGCCUUUUUAACAUGUGCACUCUCUGAGUUCAUUUGAAGGAAUCGUAGAUAUUUAUCUCUGAAGAAAUAAUCUUGUCUCUUAGACCAGUGUUUCCCGACCCAGUCCUUGGGGAACCUCGGACAGUCCACGUUUUUGCUUUCUCUCUGCCGUACCAGGUAUUCGGUGUUCCUGAUUGGCUGGGACCUGGGAGGGAGCAAAAACGUGGACUGUCUGGGGUUCCCCGAGGACUGGGUUGGGAAACACUGUCUUAGACAACACUGAAGACACUGGCUGUGUAGUUAGAUGACAGGGUCUCUUAGAUCACUUUCUGUUUUUAUAUUUUCUCUAGGUAAAGAGGCUGGGGAAUGAAGUUUAUUUUAUCUAGAAACAUUGAAUUUGCUGCACUUUUUCAAAUGCUUUUUAUUUAACUGGAUAUUGAAUUAAUAAUGUUUUAGAUUAAUUGUUCUUUCCGAUUUUUAUUUACUAUGAUCUGGGGCUGAUCGUUUUUUCUUCUAAUCAAAAUAAAUAGUUUGUUUACACUUUCUGUUUAUUUAAAAUAACCUGGAGCCAUUUUCAGUUUUUAAAUAGAGUAGCUUUUCUUGUUGGCCCUACAGUCGUUUGUCUCUUGUUUGGCUGUCUUGUGUGUACUUUCAUCAGGAUUGGUUUGGCAGUGGGGCCGGUGCCCCUCCUACUCUGUGUCCUCUGGUCAGUCGUGUUUCGGGUGCUUGGAGUGGGCAGUAGAGUAACAGGAUUUCCCUAAUUUUUCUUUUGAUUAAAUUUCUUUGUGCCAAAACUGUAAAAAUGGACCAUACUGUACUCUGUGUGGGCCUACUGUAGUACCCAUUAGGGUUAUAAAUGUUCCUUUACUUGGUAAUAUCAGUAUCUCAGAGAUAUCCCACCUCCCACCGAUGUAGUUCAUCUGACCAACAUAAAGAGAUGCAGUCUUGUCUUUCUGUGUUAACCUGAGAUGAGAUUCUUCUGAUACAGCCUCCUUCGUCCUUUCCGUUCGCCACAGAGUUAUGUUUCUCCUGCUCUAAUGUGAAGUGUCAUGUAGCCCAGAUUCAUUUCUCCACGACGGACUGACACACAAAAGCCGAGGCGGUUUGAAUCCCCCCGGGCUUCUCCAGUUUCUUCCUCCCGUCUGUGUCUCUCCCGGCGAAGUCUCACGCUCGCCUCGUAGCCUUGACACCUGUUUCUCCUACUGUUGAUUCACUGUUCCUCACUUUGGUAUCAUGGCCGAAAGAAAUGUCGGCUUGCAACACCACAGCAGCUGCCGACGACAUGCUUCAAGUCCAGAUGUUACAUAACUAAUGUAUUUAAGUGCAAUUUUAAAAGAACCUUUUCAGUGCCCACGGAUCUUUGUCUUCCUUUUCACAAGUCCUGUUGGUUUUUGGUGCAAUAAUUAAUUUUGAUCAGUAGUUGGGAGCGAAAUGUCUAAUAUAUUAUGAAACUAAAGAUUUAAGAUGAUUAUUUUCCCAUUUUACUUUACAGUUUGAAUAUAGUUCGGUGUUACAUCCUUAGGCUGAAAUGGGAUCGGCUGUUUUUUAUGUCUUCACAAAGAUGUAAGACUCCAUGCCCUUUCCCCAGUGUUCUUGGAAAAUGAGUGGAAUCGGUCACUCUUGUUGCCUUUAUUAAACCACAUUUUGAUGUA